AUGCGUGCAUCAAGAGUUCCACCAGAUGGUGGCUAUGGAUGGGUCGUUGUUACUGGAUGUGCUCUAGUCAAUGUAUUCAACCAAUCUUUAGUGUCUGUAUUCGGUCUCAUGUUUGCUGAUUAUCUUACAAGCCUCGGGGAACAUGCGUUUGGAGCUGCGUUAGUGAUGAAUGUUUGCAACAUUUCUCUAAACUUCUCAGGACUGAUUACUGGUCCUAUAAUCAAUAAAUUCAAACCACGGAAAGCUGCUAUAUUAGGAAGCCUUUUGACAGGGACAGCACUUACUCUUUGCUCAUACAGCUCUAGCUUGUGGCAAAUUGUACUUUCUUACAGCGUAACAUUCGGAUUUGGACUUGGUUUAAUACAAUCUUCCACGUUUGUCGCUCUUAAUUCUUACUUCCGGCAUCGUAAGGGUCGGGCAGUAGGUUUUGCGCUGGCAGGAACCGGAGUUGGUCAAAUACUUAUGCCUAUGCUGGUUCAAUUUCUUCUAAGUAACUUUAACUUCAGAGACACUACACUUAUAAUCGGCGGAUUAGCUUAUCAUGGGGUGGUAGGAGCAUGCCUACUACAGCCUGUAGAAUGGCAUUUGAAGGAAUCCCCUGGAGAGAUCAAUGAGGAAAGUCAACCUCUGCUUCAUGAUAGCCGCUCUUCGCAGUGUACUAAUGGUAACACGUGUGGAAAACAAUAUGGUGCCUGGUCGAAACUAGCUUUAUUAAUGGACAUUGCCAUCUUGAAGCAGGUGUCAUUUUUAAAUUUAAUCGUGGGCCUAGGACUAGCUUAUGUUGCUUCUACAAGUUUUUCUCUGUUUUUCCCCUAUUUUCUUCAGACAUCUGCCAAUCUCACUAUGCUUGAAGCUGCCAACUGUAUGUCAAUGCUAUCCACGACUGACUUAAUAACGAGAGUGACGGUCCCAGGUCUCGUGGACAGGAUGGAAUUUUCGCAUCGAACUACCUUCCUUCUGGCUGGAAUUUGUCUAGUGGUAGCGCGUUCAAUUAUGGCUGAGAUGCGUUCCAUGAUUGCACUAUUGAUAACUUCUGCAUUUUAUGGGAUCUUCCGGUCAAUCACGAUUGUUAACCAAAACCUGACAGUGGCAGAAUAUUGCAGCAAAAAGCGAAUCGAGAAGAUGCUACCAAACGCAUUGGGAUUCAAUAUGGUUACGAAGGGAAUCCUCGUUCUCAGUUUAGGUCAGGUUUUGGGAUGGUUGGCCGACUUCUCCGGAAGUUAUUCGCUCAAUCUUCACGCUCAGAAUCUCCUGCUCAUUACAACGUGCAUAUUAUGGCUCUGCGAGAUGUAUUUCAGAGAUGAUAAUUAA